GCCAGUGUCCAAGAAAGGUCUUCACCUGUUCUCUGCUGAUAAUUGGGUAGAUAACGUGGAUGGACAUCCUUGGCUACCUUGCGCAUAGAUCUGGCUGCUAUAAAGAAGACUCACGGAGAGAAGCAGCAGGCUAUCGGGAGCUGUGUGCCUGCAGACCUUUACUUUCCAAUCUUGUCUGUGCCCAGCCAUGCACAAGUUUCUCUUUGCUUUGGUCCUAGGGGUGCUGCUCUUGGAGAUGAGGCUGGGGAGUGAGGCCAGGACACCCCCCUAUGGCGUGAAAUUGUGCGGCAGAGAGUUCAUCCGAGCGGUAAUCUUCACCUGCGGGGGAUCUCGCUGGAGACGGGCAGGUAACCUUGCUGCCCUCCAUGGAGGGGAUUCUGCAGAAACCUUCAUUGCAACGUCAUCCUCCAAUGAAUGGGACCCAGUCCAUGUCCCCCCAAAGGAGCUAUCAGACUAUUAUGGGAGCUGGCGAGGCCAACAGAGCCAGAAUUCCCCAGAAGAAAUCUGGGCUUUGGAUCGUGGAUCCCGAGAUGUUAUGGCUGGACUGAGUAAUGCCUGCUGCAAGUGGGGCUGCAGCAAGAGUGAAAUCAGCUCCCUGUGCUAAAACAGCAGUUUGCGUUUGUAUAUACAUAUGUAUGUGUGUAUGUCUUAUGUGCAAGUGUACUUUGUAAAAAGGGAAGUACAUGUAAAUAUCUGUGACUGAGCAGGGCUGUGAUUAGGCAGCAGUGGCAAAAUGAGGGCAUCCCUCUACCCCAAAAUAAAUACUUUACCCUGCUAAUUAAUACGUUUUCUCAUUCCUCAUAUUUAAAUUUAAAUUGUCAGCUGAACAUUUAGGCAUAGAAAAGUGACAUGCAAAGUGACCCAAGGGGAUACAAAUAUAACAAAAAGAAACAAAGAGGCGUGAACAAUUUUGACACUUUAUUUUUGCCAUGCAAGAAGUUUGCUGUCUGAAGAAACACAUAAUUUGAAAAGGGACAGAAUUAUUUUGUUGGGGGAAAUACUCUCAAUCCCACUUUAGUAAUGGUUGGGAUUGAGAGUAUCUCCACUUAUAGCAAUCCCUCAUCAGCAAGCCUAGAUGAUUGGACAGUAAUAUAUAAACUCAACUGAUGAAGAAUGUCUCUGGGCCCUUCCACACAGAAUAUCAAGGCAGAAAACGCCACAAUAUCUGUUUUGAACUGGGUUAUCUGAGUCCACACUGCCAUAUAUUCCAGUUCAAAAGCAGAAACUGUGGGAUUUUAUUCAGCUGUGUGGAAGGGACCUCAAUCCAUCCACUUCUUUCAGCAAGCUAGAACUCCCACAGUCAGAUAUAUUUUCUCCCUGUAAACUAUGCUGGUGAACUUCCUUGCACCUCCUUGUAUGAGUGGUUCUUUCAUAAUUAGUGAGCAUUUUAAUUACAGACCCAA